GUCGACACGACCGCCAUGACGCGAGAACAAUUAGAAGCAUUCGCCCAAAGGAUCAAAGAAGAAAAUGAUCGAGAACGAGAAGAGAGGAAUUUCUUCCAAAUGGAAAGGGAUAAAAUCCGAACCUUCUGGGAAAUAACGAGAAACGAACUCGAAGAAGCCAGAGCACAAGUAAGAAACAAAGAUAGAGCUUUGGAAGAAGGUGUAGAAAAGAACGAGGAGGAAUUGAAAUUUUACAAACAAAAAGUGAAACACCUCCAAUACGAACAUCAGAACAAUCUAACCGAAUGUAAAGCAGAGUCUCUAGUAGCACUGAAACAAGCCCAAGACGAAUACGCUAUAAAAGAAAAAGAAUUAUUAGAAGAUAAGAGGAAUUUAAAGGCUCUAAUGAGAGAACAAGAUUUGAGCCAUCAAGAUCAAAUUAAAGCUCUGAAAAUGCAAAACAGCGAAGACGUUAGUAAAGCGAGGAGCGAAUUCGAAACUAGAGCCAAGGAAAUGGAGAUGAAAUACGAGAAGAAAUACACGGAAUUGAGAGCGCAUCUUAACGAAAAACACGCCAUGGAAAUAUCGGAAGUGGAAGAAAGAAAAAACGAACACAUAUCAAAUUUAAUGAAACACCACGAGAUAUCUUUCAACGAAAUGAAGAAUUACUACAACGACAUCACCUUAAACAACCUCUCCUUGAUCAGCACCCUGAAAGACCAAAUGGAGAUACUGAGGAAACAGAAUGAACGAAUGUCGAAGCAAGUAGCAGAUUUAACUGCUGAAAAUAAACGGCUAGCGGAUCCUCUAAAAGAAGCAUUGGAUCAAAUUAAAGAAUAUAAAAGACAGUUGGAGAAUUACGAAAGAGAUAAACAAGCUUUGGCUAACGCUAAAUUGAUGUUAUCGCAGAAAUUGAAGUGUUUGGAGGAUUUGAGGUGGUCGUACGACGCAUUGGAAUUGAGAUUUGAGACUCUGGAAAAAGAACGAGACGAAUUAAAUAACAGAUUCGUACAAGCAGUUUUGGAAGUACAACAAAAAACUAGUGUUAAGAAUUUGUUGCUCAAUAAACGUAUACAAACUUUGAGUCAGGUAGCUGAGCAUAGGGAAAUAGUGAUUGCGGAGCUACAAGCAGUCGCUAAAACGCCUCCUUUGAGAUCGAAUCAGAAAUUGGAGGAGAUUUUGUCGAAGAAAAACGCUCAAAUUGCGGAUUUGCAGUAUGAGUUGGCUCGUGUUUGUAAAGCGCAUGACGAUCUUUUGGAGACGUUCGAGGAGAAAUUGCAAGUUUACGGUAUACCGAAACAGGAACUCGGUUUUACUCCUUUGAAGAUAAUUCCGGAAGGACAAGGAGGUUUGGCGACAGGACCGGCUGGAUUGGUGGCGGCGAAUCGAUGA